CCUCUUCUCCUCUCCUCCUUCCUCCCUCCUCCCUCUAUACCGUAUCCCUGUCUGAUCCCAAUUCCACCAUUGCCAUAGAUAUUUUGCUUCCUCUCUUCUUCCUCCUCCGUUGUGGAACAGAGGUUCAAUUGUUCUGCCCAAAAAGAGCUCUGUUCUUUUUGUUGUCCUUGCGAAACCUUAAUGCUUAACAUGCUGUUAUUGAUGUUCGAGAUCCAUGUCUCCGAUUAUCAGUGAGCUCCUCCUCUCCGGUUAUAUGAUAAGUUCCUCAUUCCGGCGCCGGUCGCACCUCGUUCAGUCCUUCUCCGUCGUCUUCCUCUACUGGCUCUACUACGUCUCGUGAUUGAUAACAUAACCCCAUCGAUCGGCCCGCCCGCCCGCUCUACUUGUUCUUAAAUUAGCCUCUUAAAUUAGUACUGCUAUUGUGUUGUGUCUUUCCCUUUGUUUGUCCUACGUAGAAUAACCCGAAUAAACACGAGAGAGAGUUUAGUUGCGGUCCGAUCAUAAUGGCUUCGUCGAGCGGGACGUCUUCGGGGUCGAUGUCGUCGUCCAUGGCCCGGAACAACUCGGGGUCCGAGGAGGACCCCCGGGCGGCGAUGGACCAGAGGAAGAGGAAGCGGAUGAUAUCGAACCGGGAAUCGGCCCGGCGGUCCCGGAUGAGGAAGCAGAAGCACCUCGAUGACCUGAUCUCCCAGGCGGACGAGCUCCGGAAGGAGAACCAGCGGAUCGAGACGGAUACGAACGUCAAAACCCAGGACUACUUGAGGGUCGCGUCGGAGAAUUCCAUCCUCCGAGCUCAGGCCGAUGAGCUCACCCACCGGCUGCAGUCGCUGAACGAGAUCAUCGAGGUCUUGAGCGUGGGGAACAACGGCGCCGGCGGGGCCUACGCGGGUCAUGGCCCGGUCAUCGACGGGUUUUUGAUGGACCCGGUUAGCCUUGGCUACUUCAACCAGCCCAUUUUGGCCUCCGCCGACAUGUUCGAGUACUGAUCUGCCGCCCGGUUCGGUCCACGGACAAUCGAUCGGAUAUCUACCAUGUUUGGUUCUUGGAAAAAUUAGGUCCGAUUAGCCAUCUCUUGGGCUUGCCAUGCAUGACGGGACGGUUCCUGAGGCCCCACUGACCGUCGGAUCAGUGUGAAUUCCACCGAUCCGACGGUCAGCAGGACCUCAUGAACCGUCUCCAGUUAAUAAACCGGAGAAAUUUCUCGUACCGUGAGGUGUGAUUGGACACAAUUUCUCAUCUUUUGGGUAUAGCCAAUGAGGCCCACAAGUACACUUUUGGGUAUUAUGAAUUGAUGGGGUACUUAAUUACGACCUACCACUACAUGGAUGUGUGGGCGAGCAAUCAUCACUAAAUGGGCAUGAUAUCGGGGUGGUUGUGGGUUGUAUAAAUGGGGAUUAUAUGUUUUAUCUUCUUCCUAAUGUAUGCGAGCCCUAUUAAUGUACUUUCUAAUUUUCUUCUUGUGAUGUAAUUAUGCAUUUUCGACUCGA